AUGACCAUCCCCUCGGGAAUCCCUCGCCCCCCGAUGGCAUCCGCGUUCGACAAGAGCGACCGGGACGACGAGGAGACUGCUGCGAUGACGACCGAGGCUGACGAGGAGCCGUCCGAGACCAGUGUGCCUGAGACGACGGAGACUGAGCCGUCCAGCACCAGAACGGCAUCCGAGCCCGAGACCAUGACCGAUUCGUCCGGCAUCAGCAGCCACGGAGUCGUCACCCAUGCUCCAUCCUCGGCUACCAGGCCCGAAACGGUCGAGCAGACAACUGCCGUCCCUUCUGCGACCGGAACCGAUGGAACGUCUUCUGGAGGUGGCAACGCCCGAAUCUCCACCGGUACCAUCAUCGGUGCCAGCCUGGGCGGUGCCGCCACGGUCAGCCUCGUCGUCCUCGCCGUCCUCGUCCUGAUUAUGAGGACUCGGCGCAAGAGCCGCGGACGAGGCAGCCGAGGCAGCGAGCAUGGCGGGUCCGAGGUGACCGAGGAGCUUGCCUGCGUGGAGGAGGAAAAGCGACGACCACCGCCAGCACCACCGGAGUCAUGCCACGGGGAAGAUCCCUUUGGGCCUUUUGGCGGCCGGGCUGAUGGUCACACGAUUUGCCGCACUUUCGAGCUGGACGGCACGGCGCGCGGUUGCCCGGCGAGGAUGCCCGAGGCGGCUGAGCCUGUCACGCACGACAGCAUCCGCACGGUGCAGACACUUCCCGAUCCCGUCGACUCCAAGGCCAACCUCCACUCUCUGGGGUACGACGACGGUAGGCCCCGCUAUGUCAACCACUGGAACCAAUAUAGGGAAAUGGGCGGGACUUAG